AUGAAUAAAUCAUAUUUAGACCUGGUGAAUGAAUGUGAUAGGUUUCCCUAUUACUACGAUGACCCUGUGUACUACAAACAGUAUGUAGCCAACUAUCAUAGGUUCAAAAUAUCCGGCUGCAAUGCACGGCUGGGAUAUAUUCCCAACGAUGUCGUCAAGAAAUUUCCGUGGCCCAAGGGACUUUGGGAAAUCGACGAGGAUAAACGGACUGUAACACUCCUCGCCGCCCACGAUGCUACUGCCGAGCAGCGGACCGACCUCCUCGCUCGCACGUUGGCGGAUGCCGUUAAAGAAGAUACCUUCCAAGUUCUCCGAGGUUGGCGUAACGAGCUAUACCCAAUCUACGGGCCAGACAAGAAACUGCUAGCCAGCGUCGAACGCUCAGGCAGCAACCUGUUCGGCAUCAUGACCUAUGGCGUGCAUUUGACAGUGUACGUGAAAGGCGAGGAUGGGAUUAGAAUGUGGGUUGCGCGAAGAUCGAGGACAAAACAAACGUAUCCGGGGAUGUUGGAUAAUACUGUUGGUGGUGGGAUCAGCACCGGGGAACAGCCGUUCGAAAGUCUAGUCCGUGAAGCCAUAGAGGAGGCUUCGUUGCCCGAGGAUCUCGUGAGAGCUAAUGCGAAGUCUGUUGGUUGCGUUACAUAUACCUACAUUCGCGACGCGCGGGCAGGCGGUGAAACUGGGCUUUUGCAACCAGAGUGCGAGUACGUCUAUGACCUGGAAGUUGAUCCGAGCGUCGUUCCCAAGCCUUGUGAUACCGAAGUAGAAGGUUUCCAGUUGUAUACCGUCGACGAAGUGAAAACUGCAUUGGCCAAUGGAGAAUUCAAGCCCAACUGCUCGGUCGUGCUGAUCGACUUCUUCAUCAGACACAAUAUCAUCACACAGGAAAAUGAGAAGGAUUAUUUAGAGAUACAGGCAAGGAUCCAUCGCCGUCAUGAAGUCCCAACGCUUUAG